UGGUGUCUCCACCGCGCUCCGCCACCGAGCCCUUCUUCCAUGCAUGCCCGCCACCUGUCUCCUCCCUCCUCCCGCUCUCCUCUUCUUAAACCCGGCCGCCAUCUUAUUGACGCCUCAACUUCAAUUUCAAUCUCAAUCUUUGUAUUGGAAAUCAAAGUUUUCCUACAUAGAUCAUCAUCGUCAUCAUCAUCGCUUCAAUGACGACAAUGAGGACCCCGCUGUGGCUUCUGCUCCUCGUCGUGGCGGUGCUGCUGCUGAUUCCGGCCGAGAGCUACGGUCGCAGGGGCAGAGUGGAAGAGGAGGAGGAAGAAGAGGAGGAAUGGAGAGGAGGGCGGCGAGGGUACGGAAGGGGAGAAGGAGAGGACCUGUUCCUGCUGCAGGACUCGAAGCGGGUGGUGCAGACGGAUGCUGGGGAGAUGAGGGUUGUCAGGACCUUCGGAGGCAGAAUCAUCGAGAGGCCCAUGCACAUAGGCUUCAUCACCAUGGAGCCCAAGUCCCUCUUCAUCCCCCAGUACCUCGACUCCAGCUUGAUUAUCUUCGUCCGCAGAGGGGAAGCUAAGUUGGGGACGAUAUACAAGGACGAAUUGUUGGAAAGGUGGUUGAAGAUCGGGGACGUGUUCCGGAUUCCUGCUGGUUCGGCCUUCUACUUGAUUAACACAGGGGAGACUCAGAGACUUCAUAUCAUCUGCAGCAUCGAUGCAUCCGAGAGCUUGGGUUUAAGAACCUUCCAGUCUUUCUUCAUUGGUGGAGGAACCUACCCGACGUCUGUCUUGACCGGUUUUGACCCUGAGACUCUUGCUACUGCAUUCAAUGUUUCGCGGGAUGAAGUGACGGACUUCCUGACCAGCCAACAAGAAGGUCCGAUCGUUUAUGUAAAUGAUUCUGCGCAGCCGAGCGUGUGGACAAAGUUCCUGCAGCUAAAGAAACAGGACAGGCUCCAACAUUUGAAGAGAAUGGAGGGUUCCCAGGAACUGCCUGAGGAAGAAGGAGAAGCUGAACAGCAGGAAAGGAGCUGGUCAUGGAGGAAGCUCUUGCCAUCUCUAUUCGGUUCCGAUAAUGCAAGGGAGGAUCGGGGUAGGAGGAGGGGUAAAGCUCCGGACUCUUACAAUCUCUACGACAGGAAGCCUGAUUUCAGGAAUAACUAUGGGUGGAGUGUUGCACUUCACGAGUCUGAUUAUGAGCCUUUGAGGCACUCGGGCAUCGGGGUUUAUCUCGUAAAUCUGACUGCGGGUUCUAUGAUGGCGCCCCACGUGAAUCCAACAGCAACGGAAUAUGCUAUAGUGCUGAGAGGAUCCGGCACCAUACAGAUAGCAUACCCGAAUGGAUCAUCGGCCCUGAAGGCAAAGGUCAGUGAAGGCGACAUCUUCUGGGUCCCGCGGUACUUCCCUUUCUGCCAGAUCUCGUCUCGGACUGGCCCGUUCGAGUUCUUUGGUUUCACCACUUCAGCUCGAAAGAACCGGCCACAGUUCCUCGCGGGGCAGAAUUCUCUGCUCCACGUCCUCAGAGGGCCAGAGCUUGCGGCCUCGUUAGGGUCGACUGAUGACAGGGUGAGGAGCUUCCUGGAUGCUCAGAGGGAAGCCGUAAUACUGCCCUCUCCCUCUGCAGCUCCACCUGAUGAGGCUAUGGGGGAGGAGAACAGACCAAAAAUGGCGACUGAGAGGGUCGAAAAUGUGGCGAGGAGCAUUGCAAAUGAGAUGGUUGUGGGGUUUGAUUAGGAGGUGGUGGUGACAUGGGGAGGUCGACUGGUCUUUUGAGGAAGGUUGUGCUUCUUCGCGUUCAACCUUACUUUUCUUUUUCUUUUUCUUUUUGUCUCCCUCUCUCUCUCUCUCUCUCUCUCUCUCUCGCUCUCUCUCUCUCUUGCCUUUUUUGGGGGGGUGUUGUUCUUGGACUCUCUCUCUCUUGCCUUUGUUGGGGGGGGGUGUUGUUCUUGGACGAGUAUGUCCAGUUUCUGUCUAUUCGAGUUCUUUCUGUACCAAGUAUGAGCUCUGUAUAAUCGACUUACGUGUGUAUUCCAUACUUAUUCGAGUUACCGUGUUUAUUCUCGGACCACUAGUCCUGUCUUUAAGUUCAAUCCAUAUGUAUGAAUUUCGGACCA